UAUAUAUCUUUCUCAGAAGCAAUUAUUUCAAUUGUAAAUUUACAUCUAUAUUACAUUAAUUAUAAUUUUAACGUCUACGAUUUUUAGGGGUAAGUUUAUUGAUUUUGCAGGUUUCAUAAUGCUGAAAUUCAUAAUAGAAUUUCCGAGCUUGCAUAAAACUUACAUGAGCGCAGUUGUCGCAGUUGCAUUAUUAAAUGUUCGAUAUUUCCGGCCGCGUAACGGGUGAUCGUUUGCAACCGAACCGUAUCAGUUGCAACGUAAGACCAUCACGGAAGGCAGAGAGAGAUUGGCGACCGCGCGCACCGUGUUUACACGGGCCGCAUUAUUAUUCCAUUCGCUUUGGCCCGCUUCCAUAUUCUAAGCCGCGUAUAAUUCCGCGGCGGAGUCACGUGGCCGUGCGCCAGGGCAAACUAAUCAAUGGACAAGCCAUCGACCAUCGCGGCGACGAGGCUGGUAUCGGCCGAUUCAGUUGUGCCACGGGGGUGCGCUCGCUCGGUGCAUGGUGGCAACCCUCCCGUUUCGUUUCCCUCCUCCAGCAGGUACACCCGGUGUUUCUACGACGUACGAAAGACAGCGAUAUAUUCACGACAUUGCUCCAAUUUAGGUUCUCGCACUUCGACAGAACGCAAAUGCAAGAAUUAUACUGGAAGAGUCUUUGAAAAAAAAGAUGCAGUAUUCUACGAUGUAUCGAUCGUCGCAGUGAAGGAAAUGUCGCCGGGCUGCGAAAUUCACGUACAAGAUAAGGAAAUAAUCGGAAGCAUUAUGAGAUAUAGUAAAGUGGCACGAUGCUAAGUCCGACCCCGCCGAUCGAUCGUUCCAGCCUGUGUCCUGGCACAGGAUACCUUAUCGCGCCGCGGGUGCCUCACGGUCUCGCGACAGUAGUCGAGGGUCUUACGAGGGAGGUCCUACGUCACCGUCCCGAAGACAUAUACAUUUUUGCGGCCCGCCACUUCGAGAAGCUGCUGAAGCUGCGGGAGGAGUACCAUGUCGAGGAGUAUUGCAAUCGUGAAUUCAGCCAUGAAUGCAGUCGCGAUUUUAAUCUAUGGCCCGCCAAGGCAACUCAAAACAUCAGAAAACUUUCGAACGGCGGUUGGUCCCUGGAGAAGGAGAUCGAGAUCUUCGAAAGGCGCGAACAGGUAGCCGCUGAUGCGGCUGAGGAGAGCCAGGAGGACGUCUCCACUGACAGAGAAAGUAAAAAAACGUCGAGGCAGACAUGCUCGAAAGGCCCUGCGACUACGAAGAAAACCUCGAAGAGGUCGAAAGACAACGAGACAACGUCGGACGCUCGCGCGACAAGAAUCAUUUCGCAGAUGACCGCUCUUCAUGGCCCUGGCAAGAAUAUUCAAGCCAAGGAUAUCAAGCAGGAACUCAGGAAGAACAAACUGAGUGGCGAGAAAUCGAAGGCGGCCGACAGUGUGGAGAAAGGGAUUCGAGGCGAUAGACGACCCAGGACAAGGGUUUCCAAAACGGAUAAAGGGUCUGUAGAGGAAGUCGAACGUGCCACGACGACGACGACGACGACAAGCUCGAGAACCUCCGCACGGAGACCAUUGAAAAAGGUGCGCCGGAUCGAGACAGAGUCCGAGACUGAGACGGAACGUGAAGUCGCGGCCAAAGUUGGACUUGAAGAUGCAGGACGCGCGAGAUCGAGCCGCGAGGAAAUCGCUCGGACCGAAAGCAGGGAGAGAAAAUCUGAAACGCGGUUCUCCGAACAUUCCUCCGCGAGGAAAGUAUCGUCGAGAGCGCUCAGCAUGGAUCGCAUCAGGGCGUAUGUGCUGCGCAAAUUCGCGAGCACCGCGAGCCUGGAGGUGCUGCGAUCGCCUACGUACGUGGAGCAGGUGCAGGAGGUGAUCGAUCGCGCGGCGCCGAUCAUCAAGGAGAAGCUAGAGGAAAUUGGAAGACCGCGGGGAAAGCGUUCGAGGUCUGUCGAGCUUGCCUGGAAUGAGGAAUCGUUUCCUUGGUACGUUCGAGAAGAAAGGAGACACGGCGAUGAAGAAGAGAGCGGAAGAAAUAAAAGUGGAAGCGGGCUGGAGCGAAAAGUUGAUAUUGUGAAGAAAGAGGAGAUGAAGGAUUCUCUUGGAAGGAACGAGACGAUUCCGACCGUCGAGAAAGAGGAAAAGAAAUCAAGGAGGCGCAGUGUAGGAUCAGGCAAAAAAUCGCGAAGGCGCGAGAGUGGUGAUUUCGGGGUCGUCGAUCAAGUCGACGACAACUCGAAGCAUAGCAACAUGGAACACGAGUCCGGCGCAACGCGCGACACCUUGGAAGCGAGACUGACCGCCACGCAGAGCAUCCUGGAAGGUAUCUCAAAAUCAACGUCCGAGUUGGGCGGUGCUCGCAGAAGCGAUCCUGCCGGAAAUGAACCGUCGGAAUCGGAAGUCUCCGACCACAUAAAUGUCGUUUCUCUGCCGGUCGUAAGGCCGCCCUCUUCCAGGAAUUCCAGGAGCGCCGCCAAGAAUGGUUCGGAUAGUCUGACGCUACCGCCCAUCUCACCGGAAGCUCCCAAAUCGACAAAGAAAAAGGAUGAAUUGUCCUUACCGGUUUUGUCGACGGCAGCGACCAACAACGGCAAUCAUUCCGCCAGAAAGCUUCCGCAGGAGCAAGAUGUCUCGAAGGACGCGGAGGAGGCCUCGACGAUGCACGACAUUACGAGUGAUAUAGAAGACAUAGCGGUCCUUCCUGAAAACGGUCACGAAGAUGCGAUUAUAGAUGUGACGCAGGAUUCUGGCAGUGAUCUACUAUCUGUUAAUAAAGAAGAAGGUGAGAGAGAUGAAGAUGUGGACAAGAUUUUCGACGACAAACGCGGAAGUCUCGAGGAGUUUGAAGAAUUAGAGAAAUUUGAAGAGGGGAAGAGAUCGGAGGUCUUCAGGGAUAGUUUAAACGUUACACCGGAAGUGGCUGACGUACCGCUAAGGCCAGACUCAUUGGAACCUGAUGAGAACGAAGUCAAGCUUCAAGAUGAUAAUGCGGAUCCUGUACGAGAGAAUACGUUCGAUAGAUUGAAAGAUAAACUGAUCGAGAUCGAGAUGGCGGAACGCAGUAUUGAGAAAGCGUUGGCUUGCCAACAGGUCGCGACGUGUGACAUUGGCGAAAUGACGAGCCAAGUGGAAAAGUCGGUGACUGACGGGAAGAUAAAUGAAGCGGAAAAGCCGACUAAUGAGGCGGAAGAGACUGUGAGUGAGAUACGAAAGUCGACGGACGUGGGAAAAAUACCGAUAAAUAAAAAUGGUGAGGAAGGGAAAAAGAAUUAUAAUGAUGAAAAAAGGAAAUCGAUGAAUGAGGAGAUAAAAAAUGUAGCAGAAAUAUCAAAUAAAACGGAAGAUUUAAAUAUAGAUGAAAAAUUAACAAAUAAAGCAGAAAAAAUGGAAAGUGAAAUAGAGGGAUCGACUGAUAAAAUAAAAAAUUUAACAAAUAAAACAGAAACAACGAAUGGAAUUGAAAAUUUGACUAUCGAAAAUGAAGCAGAAGGAUUAAAGAGUAAAGGAAAAAUAUUAAAGAACGGAGGAAAGGCAAUUGAUCAAGAAGAAGUAGCAGUUAAGAUUCAUGUAAAAAAUCUGCAAUCUGCAAAUCCAAGAUCGCAUGGCAAAGAUUCUCAGAUUACUGAAGCCGUCGAAACGGACGGUGAUAAUGCAAUGACAUCGAAAAAGAAAACUGAAAAUACGACGAAUGGAUUUUCCAAGAGCGCAACUUCUGGAAGUGCUGCGAUUAAGAGCGAAAGCUCGAAUCUUCCGAAUGAGAGCAGCAGUACGAAAGCACGGAAGAAACGCGAGAGCGACAAAUUAGUGAUGACGCCGCUCUCUUUAGAGCUUCCAUACUCUUACGUUCUCAGUGAAGGUUCUCCCUGCGAGAUCCCCGACUCCGUGACGACCGUGAUCAUUCCGGACAGGUCGUGUCUUUCUCCCGUUACCCUGGAGGACGAGGAUUAUCAGCUUGACUCAACAAAUAAAAAAAAGGAGUCAUUUGCACGCUUCGAUAUGGCUAAGGAGAUUUCCAAGGACGAGAGACAGGAAAAGGAUCAGCAUGAAUACGGCAUGGAAGUUUUUGGGGAAUAUAUUCGACCGGACUCUGCCGGUCUGCCCAUUGAUACCGAUUUUAUGCGUGGCGCGAAAGGGAUGAAACCAAGCCAGGACAUAACGAUCGUCCAUCAGGACUUGGACAGGAUCAAGGAGGAAGGUGAAGAAGAGGAGGAAAAAGAAGAACGAAAAGAGACAGAGAUCUAUCAGGAAAAGAAAAAUGAUGAAGAAAAAAAUGUAAAAGAGGAAGAAGUGAAAAAGGUUUCGACGCUGGAAGACAUCGUGGAACACGAGGAGAACGAGGAAAUUGAUGUAAGGACAAUUGGGUCUAAGGACGCUGAAGAAAUUACUUCUUCUGACGUUCUCGAGUACGAAUCCUUGCCUGAUACCAGGGAUUUAACGAUCGACACUAGUUUGCCAGCCGAAAGAAAAGCAGACGUCGGGACAGACUCCAGAAGCCUGCUGGAGAAUUCAUCGGAAGAGAGCGGGAGUACGCAGGGUACCCACACAACUACGUCGAGCGACGCGAAGGAAAGCACCGUGAGCAACCGAUCGAUCGAGAGUCCGAGUCCGGGUAGACCAGUGGUACCGGAACUAAACCUGGAUUCGCUUCAGGAUAACACAGUGUCGUCUUUCAAGAUGACGGCAAACGGAACGGAGAAGGAGGACAACGGCAGCCCUAAGGAGAGCGAUGCCACUUCCCUCGUCGAGCCGUUGAUUUCGGAUGAGAGGCUGAUGAAUCGGUUGAUCGAUUACGAAGAAGAAAUUGUCGCUGAAAAGUUGACAGAGAGAGACCUGCAGUCAGAGGCGCCGGAGGCUGAUCAAUUAUAUCGUGCGGAACACGUGGAAUACGAAUGGCUGGAGAAGGAUCCGUUGUCUGAGGAAAUCAACUUGGAAAAUGAAACAAUAUUUCAGGAGGGUAGUAUCGAUUCGAAGGCUUUACCGGAAGACGCUGUGCGAGCCGAUUUGCUUUUGCCGGAGAAAGCGGAGGCGGAGGAAUUAGGAAGCGAGGAAGAGAUCGCAAGAGAAUUGAUAGGCUCAUUGGAUAAAGAUAUGCAACUUCGCGCUGAAGAAUUGAAUUUGAAAAAAGAAUCUGUAGAUACUGAAAAGUCUGAGAAGGACAAUUUAGAAAUAGACGAUAAAUCUAAUCAACCACAAUUAUUGUCCGCAUCUAUGCAUUCAAUGUUAGUUGAACGGGAAAAAAAGGAACAUGAAGAUUCUUUAGAUAAAACAAUAAAGAUUGAAGCGGCUAGUGAAUUAUCAGGUGACGUAACGAAUAUCAGCCAAGAUAGCACGAUAAUAGACAAAGAAACUGGAAAAGUUAAAUCGGAAAUGACAAAAAAAGCACAUAUAGAGAAGGUUGCACCUUUAGCAGAAUUUGAGCAAGAUAAAUUAUUAGAAGAAAAUGGUAGUUCUGAGACGGUUGAUGAAAGAAUUAUAAUUGAUGAAAGUAAGCCUAAUAUUAUUGAUACUGACCACACCGUUAUUCACGAAAAAUUUGAAGAUAAACAAACGAGUAUUAAAGAAGUUCCAGAGAGCCAAAGCAGCGACAGUAAAAUUGAAGAAUCGAAUAGAAAGCAGGAAAAAAAUGAACUAGAAGAGUUGCAAAAUCAGAAAAAACACGACCAAGAAAAAUUAGAAGUACACGAGGAAUGCAAGCAAGAAAAAAUAGACAUUCAAGAAGAAAUCGAGCAGGAAAAAUUAAAAAUUCAAGAUAAGGAUGAUAAGGAAAAUGUAGAGAUAGAGGAACAAAUUGUAAGUGUGAGAGUAUUACCUUUAGAAACAGAGUCUAGAAAAAGCUCGAUAAACGAAUUGAUGAAAAAUGUUGAACAUGAGGAGAUUAAACCAGAUAAUGAAUCCAUCAUUGAAGACCAAACAGGAAAAGAUGUGAAAAAUGAGAAGGAAGAGAAAAGUGAAGAUCUUUCAGGGAAGGUAGAGAGCGUCCAUGGGCCAAUUACAAGCGCGAUAUCGGAACAUUCGGUGGAAGACCAUUCCCGUUUCGGAUAUUGGACCACGAUGACGAAAUCGUCGACCGUUGAAACGGUAAUCGAAGCUUUCAAUUCUAAUACGAGUACCGACGAGAAGGCGGACAUUGCUGCUGAUGCGCCAGAAAUCAUCGCGGACGAAUCGCUUAUUCAGAGGAAAGAUGAUUUCCACUCGGCGGUUAUAAAAAUUCAAGCUUGUAUCCGAGGAUUUUUAGCGCGACGCCGCGUACGCAGAAGUUUGAACUCAGAAUUUAUUUCUAACAUCGUUCCAUCGACGCGGAAGACCGAUCGUCUGGUGGUACCGCAGGAUACCUCGAAUUUGCGAGAAGGCAGACGUCUUCGACGAGAAGAGGCUCUGCGAAAUACCACACUCUCGUUGGAGAACGCCUUUGCGACUGGUCGGCUUCAACAUACCGGCGAGUUUCACGACUCUGUGCCGUUGCUUCCUUUCGAUCUGACGAAUAAGACUGAUUCAGUCACCUCGAAUGAUUCUUUGGAUGAAGAAAUUAAUGUAGAAGAAGCUAAUCCACCUGAUAUUGCAAAAUCUAGCGACAAGCUAGAGAGUGAACCCGUUCGCGACAGCGAACAUCGGACGAAUUUCCACAAAGGCAACGCCUUCGUUGAUCCCACCUUUCCGAUCAUGAUGCAUCUGCUGACGGACGCGUCCCGCCGCUUCGCGGUCGGUCAGAACUCCCAUUCAGGUUUUAAUCCAAGUACUGGAGGAGCGAAUCCCAUGGAACCGACCGUAGACAUCCUGAUGCUGGGCUAUCCGAGAGACGACGAAAAUCAAUACUUGAAUUUUAUAACCAGCGUCGAGGAUCUAAAUUCCAAUAUGGAUUCCUUGACUCUGGACGACGUGACGAGGAGCGCGAAGAACACCGACGACGCUCGUCUAUCGACGACCUCCGGCGAGGGUAGCCUCAUGGAGCCGUUGGCUCUCUCGGGCGUUUCUCAGGGCGUCGUGAUCGAGGAGAUGACCAGCUUAGAUGAGCUCGUCCCGUCGGAGUCGACGAAACCGUCGACCGCGCCGAAGACCUCGCUGGAUACAAAUAGCUCGAUGCCAUCCGAGGAAUGUGCCCCCGAGGACACGAAGGAUGAUUUAGGGGUGUCUGCGAGUACCACGGAUGCAACGGAAGACCGGAAACAAGCAGAGGCUGAAGGACAAGAGUCUGCUCGCAACCUUGAGACCGUCGGAGAGAGCGAUUUGCGUAGCGAGGAUGCGAAUAAAGAAUCCAACGAGAUCUCUCGCGACAGACGCGAACACGUGGAAGGAGAGGACGAUAAAACGUGAAUCAUAAAUUCGUGGAGACAUGUGGGUUGGUAUAAAGCAGGGCAGGAGUCGCGAAUUUUAUGAUCGGUCAACUGGUUCCUCCAAUUAGAAUCGUCGUUUGCAAAACAAUGACCGUUAUAAUUUCAUUGCACAUUAGAAUAUUUUUACAAGAGGCACUUGCGUUUUAUAUCAUUCUUAACUUGUAGGAUCCAGAGUGCCUGUUUUUGACUCGUUUAUGUCGAAAUAGAUAGACGAUACGAGAAGGGUGUCUCUCAGGAAUAGUAUUAGUGUACACGAAAAGAAUCAUUAUACACAUAACGCUUAUUGUUAGUUAUUAAUUUGUAUGAAGGAAAUAUAACGCGAAUUUUAGAAUCGCAAUUUCGCUACACGAUACAAGCGAACGGUCUCUCCCUGCUUUUUACAUAGUUUGAAGAUAUAUUGUAUAUCUUUCUAUACGCAAAGAGCAGCAAAUAAAUUGCAUAUGUAAGAUUAA